AUGUUAUUGGAGUCUGUUUUAUCCUGUUCGUAUUUGUUACUGACUUGUGGCAGCUGCAUUUAUACACUGAUAAAACACUCUUACGAUCAAUACCAUAAACUUCUUCCGCACGUUUUAUGUGCCUGCAACGGUAUUGUGAUGAUCGGCGCAAGGUCAUUAUUUGUUCUUGUGUAUAAACUAUUUUUUAAGGAAUAUGCUUUUGACCCAGUCAUUAUAGAGUUCGAAGAAAAGAAGAACAAAGGAAAAUGUAAUAUGUUAGACGAGAUUCUCGGCACUCUUGGUGUAACUAGUUUAAUAUAUUCUUCGUACUGUCAUCAUAAGUAUUACGUUCUUGGUGCAUGUAUUAUAACUAGUUUCACAAUUCUCGAUGUGGUCCAAUUAUCUCGGACGAGAACGACACAAUUACAAGAAUUGGAUACUCUGCAACUGAAUAUUAAUUCUUCUCAAAUAAUGCAUAUGUCAAGAACUACUAUACUUAUCGAGGUUCUUGUCAGUGGACAUUUUGCAUAUUUAGUAGGUAAUAGUUAUGCACUUAUGGCUACGUAUCCAUACUUCUUAACAACCUGGGCCCUAACGCCGGAGGGAUUUUAUCAGACUUGGACAAUAGAGCGAACGAUCAAUGAUUACAUGAUGAUGGCAUACGUAGUAUGUAUGGCGGAAGCACUUCGACAAAUAUCUAGACCAUGA